CAUGCACAGAUCUCCUGCCAAAGGUAGCGAUAUCCCCGCACCUCAUCAUGAAGUUCUCGUCUAUGAUGGGUCCACAACGUCCUCCGCAGGGGAAGACGUCUUGAGAAGUCGUCCAGUCCACGAAAAUCGGCAUUUGACCGCUGCUCCUCGUUCGGCACGCUAUCCGUGCGAAAGCGUGUUGCAUGUUGACGAUGAUGAACAAGGUGAGCACAAGAGGAGAUGUAGUACAAUAUACAGCUCUUAAGCUGUCAUUCCCCCGCCCUGCUUGUCCUUGAAGUCCUUUUUCACUUAGUACACUGAUCGAAGCAGCUACAAGAAUGCCACAACUACCGUGCAAAUAUCUAGGCUUGCUGGGAGCAUUCAUCCUCUCAACUGGCGUAAGUGGAGCCCUGGUUCCACGCCAAAGUGGUGCACCUACUGUCAGUGUCAAGAAUGGCAGCUACUAUGGCUUGCACAAUCCUACUUACGAUCAAGAUCUGUUCCUCGGGAUCCCAUUUGCCCAACCGCCUGUGGGUGACCUCCGGUUUAAUAUUCCCAUGCCGCUGAACUCGACUUGGAACGCCACCAAGAAUGCAACUCAGUACUCCUACGAAUGCUAUGGCUAUGGCAGCGACACGUGGGUCCUUGGAAACCCGGUCAGUGAGGACUGCUUGACGCUCAACGUCAUUCGACCGAGUGGCACAGGUCCUAAUGACAAAUUACCAAUUGGCGUCUGGAUCUAUGGAGGUGGAGGCUACAAUGGAGGCAGCCUGGAUCCACGGUACAAUCUGAGCUACAUCGUCCAGCAGUCUGUUGAGAUGGGUCAACCUUUCAUCGGAGUUAGCAUAAAUUACCGUCUACAAGCGUUCGGCUUCAUAUUCGGCACGGAGAUCCUCAAAGCCGGCGCCACAAAUCUGGGUUACCGUGAUCAACGAAUGGGUCUGCAAUGGCUGCAAGAGAAUAUCGGGGCUUUUGGAGGUGACCCAACGAAGGUCACAAUAUGGGGAGAAAGCGCUGGAGCGAGCUCAGUUGGCGUCCAUCUCACUGCGUACGGUGGUCGGGACGACAAGCUAUUCCGUGCUGGGAUCAUGGAGAGCGGUGCUCCAGUCGGGGCCUCCCGGUAUCUCAACGCCUCGACUUGGGAUAUAUACUACAAUAACAUCACCAAGGCAACCAACUGUAGCUCCGCAUCAGAUACACUCGCAUGUCUCCGGAGCCUACCGAUCGAGACGUUAAGCACUGUUCUCAACAGCAGCGUCACCGCCCAGGUUCCAGCAUGGGGCGCUCAGAUUGACAACGAUCUCCUCACGGAAUCUGGUACGCAACAACUCCUCACCGGCAAAUUCGUCAAAGUCCCCAUCCUUCACGGGACCAAUUUCGAUGAAGGGACCGCGUUUGGCACCAAGGGAAUCAACACGACUCAGCAAUUCCUGUUAAACGUCAUGUCGGCAGGUCCGAAUAGCACUACAGCACAAACCAUCGCAGCCCUUUACCCCGAUAUCCCUGCCAUUGGCAUCCCAGCGACACUACCAGGUCGACCAACAGGCCCUGAAGCCUUCCUAGGUGCACAGUAUAAGCGUGAGUGCUCGUACGCAGGUGAUCUGAUCAUGCACGCUCCCCGCAGACUUACAUCGCAAGUCUGGGCGUCGAACAAUGUUAGCAGUUGGAGUUAUCAUUUCAAUGUUCUUGUCAACGGGGCAGGACCGACAACUGGAGCUACACACUUCGAGGAAGUCGUCUUCGUAUUCCACAACUUACAAGGUGGAGGCUACAACACUUCUGUCGCUGUCGAUCCACUUGCGAACGAACCACCGACUUAUGACGAUCUCGCUACCAUCAUGUCUCGAUUCUGGGUGAGCUUCAUCGCUGAGAACGAUCCGAAUGGAAGUAAUGCUACUUCUGUCCAUUGGCCAGCCUAUAACCUCACGACGCCCCAAAAUAUUGUCUUCGACACUAACGUCACGAAUCUACUGUAUGCGGAGGCCGACUACUAUCGAGCAGAAGGUAUUCAGUAUAUCGAGGCCCGGUUCGUCAGCGUUUACGGACGAUGAUUGGAAAUCAUGAAAGGUAGAUGAGGUUGAGCAGGACGAAGGAGAAAUACGAGCGAGUCCAGCAUAAGAGGCUGGGCGUCAUGACUGACGAACAUAUUCUCGAAGCGUGAUGUAGUGGUAUGCAUGUUUGCGGUGGUACUAUGUA